GAGGACACCGCCACCACAGCGGCACACAAGUCCGGCGAGUCGGCGAGCAUAGAGACACGGUAGAGACGCGGCGCGUAAAGGGCUUAGCUGAUCGGAAUCGAACCGCGAGUGUCGGAGGUGGGUUUCUCUCGGUCGCUGUGUCUUCGUCUAAGCACGCCUGGCACGGGAAAGAGAACGCUCGAGUCGCGACGCACACGCACACGUCAAGCGGGCACGCUACGCACUGCAGGCAAACAGUCGGGUGGCAUUCGCUGUCCGCGCACUGCCCGGUGACCGACCGUGUUGGUUCGGCCGUGUCCGUCCGUCAUAUUAUAUUCCCGGCCUCCCCGAGAGAGUGAGAGAGAGAGAGAGAGAGCGAGCAAGGUUGCUGGCACGUAGCUGGUGUGGCGACGCAACGAGGAGGCGGAGGAGGAAGAGACCGAUACACGUACGCGGUACGGAGCGAAGCGAGAACGAGCGGAUCGGGGACCGACUGCCGGCCAUGGAGAAGCGGAUAGAGCUUGAGAAGCGGGGAAGGAAGCCCGGCGACAUCAAAGAACUUGUUCUUGAUAAUUGCCGGAGUACGCAAAUUGUGGGUCUGACAAAUGAAUUCAGCGCUCUGGAGUCAUUGAGUCUUAUCAACGUGGGUCUUACCAGCCUAAAAGGCUUCCCAAAGUUGUCCAGUCUUAAAAAGUUGGAGUUAAGUGAUAAUCGGAUUUCGGGCGGAUUAAAUCUGCUUGAUUCGAGCCCCAAGUUGACGCACCUAAAUUUGAGUGGAAACAAGAUUAAAGAUCUCGAUACGCUACAACCACUGAAAGAGUUCAAGAACCUGAAGAGUCUGGAUUUGUUCAAUAAUGAAGUGACAAAUAUGGAUAAUUAUAGGGAGAAAGUCUUCAAUCUUAUUCCCAGUCUACGAUAUCUUGACGGAUAUGACGCCGAUGAUUGCGAAGUCGACAGUGAAGGGGAGGAUGAUGACGUCAAUGGGAACGAAGAUGGAGAAGGAGGUGGCAACGAAGAAGACAGUGAAGAAGUUUCAGAUGAAGAAGACGAGGAUUUCUUAGAUGAUGAUCCAGGAUUAGAUAUUGUCUAUAAGGAAAAGCUUGGGGAUAGUGAUGAGGAGGAUUAUUUGGGUGAAGAAGAAGAGGAAGAUGACGAUGAGGAUAAUGAAGAUGAUGAUCAAGAAGAAGAGGAAGAAGAGUCUCCUGUUCGAGGAAAGAAAAGAAAAAUUGAUGAUGUGGGGGAGAACGCUUAAAAUGGAGGGCUGUCUCUGAUAUUGUUGAAUGAGUGUAAAAUUCAUAUAAAUAAUAACAAUAAUUGCGACGCCGAGUGAACAGCUGGGAAUCAAACUAAUCGACCGACCAAUGACAGACUACAGUUAGUGAUAUGAAUUUAUCAGUAAAUCAUUGACUGCUAGGAAAUUGUCUGUGUAACAACAAAAGAUUUAUCGUACGGUAGAAGAUACGGAAUGUGAAUGGAUGUGGAAGGCGUGAGAAAAACUAGGAAGGAUAAUGAUGGCAUAAAAAUAGGGCUGCAUUCCAGCUGGACACAGCACAGUUUUAGUUAUACUAACGAUAUUUUAUAUAGAGUAUAUAGAGUUAGAGAGUAUUAGUGGUGUUGCAUAAAAAGUGGACAGAAGAUCGAAGAGAGAAAGCUUGAGAGAAAGAGAAAAAGGGCGAGAGUGAGUGUGAGAGCGAGA